AGUCCAGAGUUUCCUGAUACAUGACAACUAGUACAUAAGUCAUUGAGCGCUUCACAUUGUUUUACAUAAUAAGUCUAUUAAAAUGAUUAUUAUAAAUAUACAUGAAAAACGUGUAUAAUGUGUACCUAUAUUAUGAAUGUAAGAACAGUGGCCCUUAAGGUUGAGUAUGUUUACACCUGAUCAUAACAUUUGAUGAAAAUUCUCCUGACAGUUUUCUUAUUCAAAUUCCAUAUUAUCUCUGCAGGUAGUGUCAUUGCCUCACAGCUCCAGGGUACCCGAUUUGAUCCUGAGCUCCGUGUCCGUGUGUGUUGUGUCCGGAUUCUCCAGUACUUUAAAAAAAAUUAUUUUUAUAAAGCCAUGAAGGUGCUGAAUAAGGAAGAGAUGAAGAAAGCUGAGGAAGUGCUCAGACAUUACUUUCCCCAGUCACAACAGGUUUGUAAACAACACAGUUAAUGCAUUAUAAAUGCAGGGUAUGUUUGUUAGUGAAAAUCAGUGUUUUGGGAACUCAUUAAGGAGUGAAAUGUGUGGGGUUGUUUUUAUACUGUUAUUAUAAAUGCAUUGGGAAAAGGACAGAUAAAGGGGAAAGAGGGAACAGGAAAAAAAUAUAUACUCUAAAAAUAGCUCUGGGCCAGCCAGGUCCAAGGUGUUGACUGCAGUGGUUAGACCAUUAACCAUCCCUGAUAUGGGACAGUGUAAAUUGAAAUUGACAUUUGUCUAUGUUCCCUGUUUUUGCCUGGUUUAUCCAGGAGCUAUAACACCAAGAAAAUGUGCACAUAAGAAGGCUUUGUUUUGUCAUAUGCUUUUGGCUUUGACUCAAAAUAAAGGGAGUUUGUUGCUUUACUGCCAUUUGUGUUAAUCUCCAUUUUGAAGUCUUGCCUAUUGUGAACACUUUUAAAAGUAAACCCACACUAAAUCGCAUAUAGCUAAAAGUUUCUGCUUCACUGCUCUCUCAAGGUUGAAACUUUCAAGCAUGUUGCUGCUUUAGAGGAUUUAAAGCUGAUCAUUUUUGCUUCCACUACAUCCUGCUUGGACUAUUGCAAUGCAUUGUUUUCCUGACUUUUUAGUUUGUUUGUUUUUACAGUGUAGCCACCCUUCCAUGUGGCUCUUUUAAAACAUGUUCUGAUGUAAUUUGCUUUGCAUAAAUUUGUAUAUGUGACUGUGAGCAGCAGGGGCUUUGCAGAAUCAUGAAGGCGUUGAGCAAGCAGAAGCUGAAGAAGGCUUUGGUAGCACUCAGACAUUACUUUCCCAAGUCACAAGAGGUGUAUGGGUAUGUUGCUAUUAUUAAUCGAGCAGAAGUUGAGCCCACAGAUGUGCUGGUGGACCAGUGGCCAGAUUUCAGUGUGCUACUUGUUAAACCAAAAUGGCAGCAGAAACCAGACUUAUAUAGAGAUGUGAUCGUUUUUACUAAGGACGAAUCAUGUCUCAGGAACAUACUAACCAGGACAGACGUUCUAGACUGGAAGCAGUUCAUCAGUCUAAGUAUUGACCUGCAGCAUGAGGAAAUGUUAAAGGCUGUAGCAUUGAACAAUGGUGUACCAAUGAACAAAAUAUGUACCAGCCACUUAAUGAGCCUGGAGGAUCCAUCCAACCUUCCAGCUGACAAGUUAUCUAUUCAAGUCUCAUCAGUCAAGGAGUCUCAUGUUGCUCUGAUCAAUAGCACAUGGAAGUUUGGCAAGGGUGAAUUCACUGAGCCCAUGGUCAGGAGCAUGAUCUUAAAUUACCCUUCAUGUUGUGUACUUGACUCAGAGGGUCAGCCGGUGUCAUGGAUAUUGACCUAUUCUAACUGUGCGAUGGGAAUGGGUUACACACUCCCAGAGCACAGACGGAAAGGCUACUCCAAAGCCCUGGCCACCAUAUUGGCAAAGAAACUGCAUUCAGGGGGCUAUCCAGUGUACUGCUUCGUUGAGGAGGAGAACCAGUUGGCCUACAGGCUCUUAAAAAGUUUAGGCUUCACUGAGGAUCUGUCUUAUAGGAAUGCUCUGUUUUACUUCAAUCAAUUGUCGCCGACUCCAUAAGUAGUUUGGGACAAGGAACAUUCCUGUCAUGACUGCAUGAUUGAAGGGUAUGUUCAGCACACAUUCAUUAUCUUAUCCACACAUACCCCAUGACUGGUUGGCUGUCCACUCCUCCUUUAUCAUAUCAUUAUUCUUGCAUUAUGUAAAGCAAAUAAAACCAUGAGAAAAUAUAUAUUAUGUUGUUAGUUGUUAAUCUUGUGUGUUCUGUAAACUAAACAGGUGUAUAUGCAUAUUGUAGAAACCCCAUACCAAAUGUCUUUUUCCAAAAGUCGAUUGAUAUCUCAUUUAAACAAAUUCAACACCAAACCCAGUCUUGUAAAUUGUACAUAAAAAGUGAAUUAUUUUGUACCCCUCUCCUGAUUGACACCUUUUGAUGAGAUCCCAUAUACCCUUUGUCAGCUCUUGGGUUCAGUAGUAAACAGUACAGCCGAAGAACCAUCAUUUCUCCAACCUUUUGUUGUCAUUCCCUGGUGUAAAUAAACAUUUUCACGUUUUUAUUACUGAACAAUUUUGGUUUAUUAUUAGACUACCGCAGAUACUGGAGCAACACGGGCUGCAAUGAAAGAAGAGGGGGAAAGAGGAAUAAACAAAGUUGAAUCAAUUUCAUAAUGUUCAUCUCUGUUUGAACUUAAAUGAACUCUGCACAGGGCUGACCUUCCUGUCCCAGUUUGUGAAAGAAAGCAUAUGAUGUUAUGUUGAAAUAAACUGUGUGUAAACACUGAGUGUUUAAUACAUAUUACAGAUCAUAAAAAAUUGCCCAUUCAAAUUUGCUUGCUGGAUGAUGUCAGCGUCCCAAAGUCAUAUUUCAAAGAGAAAUGCUAUAAACCACUAUUAUACACGCUUAGGGGGAAAAAGGCUAUAUUGUACAGCCUACUUAUUAAGCAGGGAUGUGCAGAAAGCCCCUGCCCUUUUUCUAAAUUAUUUAAAAGUGCCCCUCUCAACAUUAAUUAAUAAACAAUUAUAUUAUGUGAAAGGAAUUUGAAUUCAAAUGAACAUGAGAGCGUGUACAAAACAGUAGCAAAUUAAUCACAAGAAAGUCUGAGAAUGUUUCUGUUUAUUUGUCCGACUCGAGUCUGCAGUCAGAUAGUCUCGUUGUUUUGACGCAAUCACGAUGCGUCUCGCUUCAACAGGUAGACAGGUAUACUGAGAUCGCUAGCUCUUCUGCUAAACUUUUCAUAAUAUUAGCAGCAUUGUAUAUGCUUAUCGCCGGUAGUUUUCAAAUUGAUUGAGAGGGAAUGUGUUGGUAAGUACUAGCUACUCAAGUUCAUUACAUUUCCAGACAUGCAAGUAACCUUGUUAUAUUAUAUGUACGUUUUAUAUUCAGUAAAGACA